UUUAAUCCCUACUCUAAAAAAAUCCAAUCGUCCUUUUCACCCUCAGAAAAAUCCCCCUUCACCAAAAUCCCUUUUGAAGCCAUUGCAACACUUGCUUCAUCGUCUUCGCUAACGCCUCUACAGUUCAGAGCUACCAUCUCUUCCAGGAAAGCUUGGGUCGAAAGGAUGUUGCAGGUCGAGGCUAAAGAUAGAGGAUUAUCAUUGACAACGAUCAACAGCACAAUAUCAGCAUCAACUUUCUUGGCAACAACAUCGCUAGCAUUGAGUUCGCUAAUCGGAACAUUGUUAGCGGAUUCAUCACACCAAAAGCUCUUCAAAAACAGUCUUAUAUAUGGCAACACAAGCUCAUAUAUCAAUUCGGUCAAAUACAUAACACUUCUCAUAUGUUUCUUGGUGGCUUUCGGCUCUUUUCUUCAAUGUGUACGCAGCUUUGUUCAUGCUUGUUUCUUGAUUAGCAUGCCCAAUGCAGUUAUCCCAAUGAGUUACGCCCAGAAAGCGGUGAUAAGAGGCAGUGCUUGCUGGUCCAUUGGCUUACGAGCUAUUUAUUAUGCCACUGUUUUGCUGCUUUGGAUAUUUGGGCCAAUCCCAAUGUUUGCUGGCUCUUUGAUUAUGGUGCUGGUUUUGCAUUUGCUUGAUACAAAUGUGACCCCUUUGCAUCAGUUUGAAGAAGAUAACAAGUCUUGUAACGUGGUUACCGAGACCAAUUAAGAAGUUUCAUGCAAUAGUUGGUCCAGUUAUUGUGCAUCAUGAUAUAUCAAACUCCAUUGCAAUGUGAUGUUACGAUAGUUAUUGAAGUAAUAACUUUGGAUCAUCUUUUGAAAAUAAAGCUUCUAAUUUUUUUUUUA